AUGCCGCAUCAAUACUUCGCCUACGUAGUGCUUGCUAGUCUUAUCUCAUCACAAGUUCUAGCAGCACCUACUGGUCGUCCUUCUGUUGUCGCAAGAUAUGCAGCCAUCUGUGACGACCCCGCUCUAUCCUGGGAAUUGUUCGACAAGUAUUGUGGCCCGACUAUGGCUCCUUCUGUCGCUCACCAAUACGCCGCGGGCGUCUGGCGACGUGAUGAGGGAUCAGAAGAUGAGCUGGCAAAUGUCGUCGAGUCAGUGGCUGGGAGUCUCGCUGAUGACAGUUUUCCAGCUGACGAUGAGAUGUACGUGGCCAGCAAGCGUCGUAGUAUCCAGAGCAUUGAGCCUGCCAAUAAGGACUUGUCAGCACACCUCAUUACUAGCGGACUCUGGGCUGAGCGCCACCACAAGGCUGAUGGUAUUCACCGUCGCGAAGAUGCGCUUCCCGAAACUGAGCCAGCAGUAUCCUCCCUGCCAGCUGACGCCAUGGCCGCAGAGGAUGGACGCACGACCUUUCCCUUGAUCAAGAGCGUAAACUCCAUCGACAAGGAGCAUCAGAAACGGGAGGCAAGUCCCGUACCUCCGCCAGAGUUGUUCGAGCACGGUCAUUCGAUCUCAAAACCACUGCGUCCUUCGAAACCCAACCGACCAAUUUCCAUUCCAUCCGAUGACUGGGCCACCUACGAGGCCCCUCCCAUCAUCUCCCCCGAAGUCCCCCACAUCCUCGCCCGCCAAUCCCCUGGAGCAUCCGAACCCGGCCUGGGCGACGACUACGCCAAAUACGAGAAACAGCGUAAAAAAGAAGAGAAAAAGAAAGCCAAGGAAGAAAAGAAAAAAGCCAAGGACGAAGAAGUUUAUUCCGCUGAACUCGCCCACGUCGUCUCGACCCCUUCCCUCACCCACAUGAGAGUAUCGAAUAUCCACCGCCGCCAGGAAAAGAGACAACCAGACAACAUCGACUUCGCAAAAGGCAAACGCCCCAUCUGGACCCCCUCGAUAACACACCUGAAAUGGCCGGAUAUCCACCGUCGCGAGGAGAGGCUCCCAGGCAUGGAAGAGUAG